AUGAUUCCAAUUAGCACUGGCAAUACACUGACAGAAACAACAGAAACUAUUUCUCCACAAGAAUCAAAUGAUAGAGUUUCCAGCAAAAACUGGGUGGAAAUGACGGAAAACGAAAAGUUCGUGACAUGGCUAUACUCAGGAAUGAAAGGGAAACAUGAUGAUCAAACCUACCAAAGCACCAACCAGCGACUCAGAACUGGAUAG